AUGCUUAUCACUAGAAAAGAUUUGGUUCCAAUUUUAUCAGCCAUUAUUAUAGGAGGUGUUUCAGGUUAUUAUAUAUUUGCUCCAGGACUUAAACAAAUUGGUGAUGAACAAAGAAGAGAGCUUGCUUUUAAGCAGCAACAACAACAACCAAAUUCAGAUAAAACCAAAUAA